AUGGCGAUUGAUGAUGAGAAUGCGACUGCUACUAACGAGAAUGUCACUGACACUACUGUCACAGCUGAGACCAUAUCGCGUGCAUCGUCGGAUGAUGAGUUCGAGGAAGGAGUUACAAUUGCAGUGACUCAUCCUCUAUAUCUGGCACCUGGAGAUACCAGCGGCAUCUCUCUAAUUUCAUUUCAGUUAACUGGAACUGAUAAUUACUCCUUGUGGUAUAGAUCUAUGCGAAUUGCAUUGUUAGGUCGUAAUAAGCUGGGAAUUGUUGAUGGACGAUGGCCAAAGGAAAGGUUUCGCGAGAAGUACUGGUACCAGUGGGAAAGGUGUAACGCUAUUGUACUCUCAUGGUUGAUGAAUUCAGUGGCUCCAUCACUAAUUAGUGGUAUAGCCUAUGCCACUAAUGCACAAAAUGUGUGGCUAGAUCUUCAGGAGAGAUUUGAUAAGGUAAACGACACUCGAUGUUACAAUUUACACAAGGAAACCGCCACUCUGUGUCAAGGUACAUCAUCUAUCUCUGUAUACUACUCAAAACUUAAGGAUCUCUGGGAUGAAUCUGAGUCUAUAAUACUUACACCUGACUGUGAUUGUGCAAAAACAAGGGAGUUUAUUGUGCAUCUUCGAAAACAAAAGGUAUAUCAGUUUUUGAUGGGCUUGAAUGACUCCUAUUCACAAGCUCGUAGUCAAAGCCUCAUGAAAAAGCCCUUACCUACAGUGAACCAAGCUUAUGCCAUGCUUAUGAGUGAUGAAAGUCAACGAACUGUAGCUGCAUCAGCUAGUGUUUUAGGUCCUCCUCCUAUUAUGAACCCUAAUACCUAUGAAUCAACAGCACUAUAUAGUGCUAAGUCUAAUUCUAACUCAAGGUUUAGAAAGAACUACAAUGUUCAGUGUGACUUCUGCAAAAUGAAAGGUCAUAGUAAGGAGAAUUGUUACAAAAUCAUAGGAUAUCCAACUGAUUAUAGGCCUAAGAAUAAAGGGGGAGCUAGUGCACACAAUGUCAUGGUAGAACCUAGUUACUCUAUGCCUCUAUAUGCUGAAAAUGCUUCUCAGGGCAAUCCAUUGCAGUCUCUGCCUGCAAACUACAGUCAUUAUCAGGGUAUGAGUCAGGGUGGUGGAACCUAUCAGGGACAAGGAAGUGCUAGUGCUCAAGUUCAGGGUGGCUCUUCUACACCACUGGCCAGUAAUGUUACAAAUUCCCAGGCUUCAUCUCAAGGAGGUGCUUUCCCAUUCACUAAAGAACAAUAUGAGCAAAUUAUGCAGAUUCUGAACAGCAAUCACAAUGGCACUUCAUCUUCCACUUCUCAGGCAAAUGUAGCAGGUACUGACCUUGCUCUCUUGGCUUCAUCACCUAGCUUGCAGGAAUGGAUCAUUGAUACUGGAGCCACAAACCACAUGGUUUCAGAUAUUAAUAUGCUAACUAAAACCUCCCUCUCUACCUCUAGUGAGCCCAGACAGGUGCUACUACCUAAUGGAGAUGUUACUCAAGUCACACAUAUUGGAGACAGUCACAUUUCUAACAACAAUGUCAUUAAAGAAGUUUUCUAUGUGCCUGUUCAAAUUCAAUCUGUUGAUCUCUUCAGUGGCAGGGUGAGGGAGAUUGGUAGGGAGAGAGAUGGUCUCUAUUUUCUACAGAGGCAUGGUUCCAAGAGACUCACUGCCAUUUCACUAGCUGCAGCAGGAAUAAAAACACACAGGAGGAAUUCUACUAUAGCUCUUGACUUGUGGCACGGAAGAUUAGGUCAUGUGUCUAGUACAGUUCUUAAUAAACUGUUUCCUACCAAAUUAGCAACUAUUACUGAUAUCAUCAAUAAAUGUACUGUGUGUCCAUGUGCUAAGCAGACCAGACUGCCCUUUCCUAUUAGUUGUAUUAAAAGUAGUGCUGCAUUUGAUCUCAUUCAUGUUGAUGUUUGGGGUCCUUACAAACAUGCAACAGUUGAUGGUCCAUAUAGAUCACUUUUCUAA